AUACCGCAUGUGAUGGGUAGAUAUUCAUAUUCAUACAAAACCAGGUUAUUUCUAUUUCAGUCGGAGCAUGCCGAUGCCCAAUCUUAAAUAAUCUUGAUAUACAAUUUUUCGUAUUCGAUAAUCGUACCAAGCUUAUCACAGUCCCUCCGUGGUUUCUUCGUAUUUAUUUUGUCAUUAUUGACGGUACAAGAAGGUGUCCAAGCCCGAGAAGAAAAAGUGUAAAGCAAAAUGAUGAGAGUGAGAUCGGCUAGAAGGGUUGGAGGUGCCUUUUGCAGCAGGUGUGCACCACCACGACGAGGCGGAUUCAUGCAAAAACUGUUCAACCUCACCGCUUUGAUCCUCGGCGUACAUCAUUCGACGGCGGUGUGUCUGGGGUCGUCUUCCAGUGUGCAGGCCAACACGGAUCUUCAGGCACGUGCACAAGAACGACAACCACGGUCGCCUGUGGAUGUCGCGGUUUAUCAUCAGCCUGGAAAGAUGGGAACCGGCGACCUAGUCCGUGUAGUACAAGGACGCUUUCGAGGACCACCAGAAAAUGGCGCAAGGAAUGCUGCAGACUGGGAGGCCAGCAUCCCCUCAGGUCGUGUGUCGAUUACAGGGAAACUGGACGAUGCCACUUAUCUCCUCCACCUCGGCAGCCCACAAGACCGAGAGCGAGACACAGACACGUCAGAUUACGGCACAGCGGUAUUUGCGGCUGCCCAUUACGUGUGGUUGCUCGAGCGACAGGACGCGCAUGCGAGCUUGCGUUGCUGCAAUGCUUCAGCAGUCUUGAGCCCCAGUAGAGGCCAGCUACAAGGAGAUCAUUUUGAUGUUGUUAAGCAACCUCAGCAGCAGCUACGCUUCGUUAUCGAGACGAAGGAUGUUGAGGCUAGCUUUGCAGCGUCUAGAAAUAAAAGCAAUUAUACUACGAGUGCUGUGCCGCCAGCUGACGUUGGAAGAACUUCCGGGGGACGAGCGGCGGGAUCACGUGGCUUUUUGCAAACGCCUCAAGGUGAUCGUCCCGCAGUCGCAGAGGCGGCGCUGCUCGCAAGCGGCGAUCGCGGCUUCUUGAAGAACAAAAAUUCGUGGCCGACCGUUGUAGAGGUUUGGCAGGCAUCUGUGGACGAUCGCACCGGGUCGCUUUCCACCUUGGCACGCAAAAAUAACGGCCACGACGAUGUUUUCAUCAGAGCUACUGGCAGAGUGAACACUUCACAAAAUGGAGAAGAACGUGUAGGAAAAAAGCAGCCGGACGAUGGACAACUCUUCCGGAGAAAAGAGGAGGAAGAUCCGGAUGAACCCGAAAAAAUACUAGUGAACAGCGGCCAGCCGGCGCGACUUUCCGAACGGAUCUUGGUGAGGGAGGUCCCGGCCAAUGCUCUUCGUCAGGGCCAUGACUUCACUGCUGCCCCCGGGUUCAGCCCGCUCACACUCAUUGUCCCGUCCGACAAGAGGUUUCUCGCUAGUACAAGGGACACACUGGAAGCAAUGUACAGUGAGGUGGAAGUAGAAAAUGGUGCAGCCCGCAUGAAGGUGGAUCAGCUCCCCGAUUGGUGGCGUAGAAUCUUCCCCAGCGGUGUUGAAACCACAACUGGCUCCACUUCGGAGCUGCAUCGUGAAGAUAUUGACUUCUCGAUUCACACGUUGCCACCCGGGACGCUGCGACGUCGCAGCUUUUGGAAAACCAACGAAAGCCAACCUGCUUAUUUCCCGCGGUAUCCAAAGGCUACUGCGACACCGCUUGUAACGACCCUCCCGUCGACAGCUGCCCGCGUGUCCGGUUCUGGACCGGUCAGUUUUCCAUCGCCGCCCAGAGGUCCCGGAGUAACAUCUUCUUCCCCUCUUUCGCCGAGCAUCAAGCGUAUCUUUGAUAAGCAGGUCAAAAAAAAUCGCGGAGCAGAUCACGCGAGAAACGCAUCUUCCGCUCGGAUCUCCGCAACCUCCUCAGGGGCCGUGCCCAGGAGAAGUGCGAGGGGCUCGUCUCUCUCCCUCGGGCCGUUUUCCGGCUCCGGUCCCAUCGAUCUGUCGCGUGUAGGAUCGGCCGGUACUAGAAGUGAUGCUUUUACAAAUAUUCGUGCAGCAUCUCCGAAGCAUUCUGAGAAGAAGUUGUCAGCGCCGAAGAUUCCUGUGUCAUUUCGGACCCGAAGAACCUCACACAAGUCAUCUGCUUCAGAAUUAUCUGUUUGCGAAGCAGUUGCAACGCCUCCAAAGUUGUUCAACGAGGACCACAGAGGAGCAGCAGAAGGUGCUCCCGCGUUGUCUUCCGCAGCUUCUGGUGCGGCGCGCGAGUCCACGGAAUGCAGUUUCGAGGAACAUCAAACCUCAAACGUCCCUGCCGGCUCGGGUCCAGGUGCGCUAGCGUCUGCAGUCGCAGUAGAGGUCGACCCGAGCAAGAAAAGGGAUCAUCCGCAAGAGCAGCCUCCGCAGUUGGACUCGAAAGUCCUAGCCAAGAGAAAACAACUACAGCUGAUGCGUGCCAAGGAACUGAAAGAUGGUCUGGACUUUAAAUUUUUGAUCGAGCUUCUGGGACUCCAGUAUGCCGAUCUUCUUUACGCGGCGUUGCUUCCGAAUAUGAAACCGGGGCUCCUGCUGCUUAUCGAAGAAGCCAACGCAGACAAAGCGCACAAGUUCUUGCAGGAGCUCGACUUUGAACUGCUUCGUCGAGCCGUGUUCUUCCUUUCUGCCGAUGAUAAGGAUAAUAUCAAGCCCUCGAGCAGCUCCUUGUUUCCGGAAUUCCAGUUCGACGUCCACGUUGUCGCGCUCCGAAACCCCGGCCUGCGCGACCUGUUCCUGGUGUUGUCCCAACCGGAUAUUCAUGAAGUGGACAUGCCCGCACAGAUGGGAAUCAUCAGUCACGGGCAGUGCCACGAGCCACAAAGAAAAAACGCGGCCGCAGGUGCUGCAGCUGAUCCGCACGAGCAGAAUAGAAAAGUUCUCCCGGCGUCAGAAGAUGAGGGCUCUUUCCUUCUCGAACACGACUUUCUUUUCCGUAGUGUCACUCUGUUGCCUGAUGACUACAACCGACACAGCAAUGGAAGGUUGGAGGUAGAAGAAGGCGACAAGAUUGUGGAACGUCCGGGGAGCGACGACGUGCCUGCCCUUCUGUCGAGGUUUCUCUGGUGUGAGCAGGUCUACUCUGGUUUGCACGUUGGAGCAAGCCGCGACUCUGAGAUUUUCCUGCAAAAGCAUUUCGGCGUCGGCAAUAAAGCGGUCGGUGACUCCUCGGACCCGAUUCUUUACCUUGGCGGAAGGACGCAGGCCGUUGUCCGAGUGGAUAAUCCUGGCUUGCCGCAGGCUGCUUCUAGCUCCAAUGGAAAUGGUUCAGAAGCGACUCUUGUUUUGCGGAGCAGUCUGUAG